AUGCUGCCGUGUGCCUCCUGCCGCGACCUUCCCUGCUCCCACCGUCUCUACCCCGUCCCGGGUAUCAACCCAGCUCUGCAAGUUCAGAUCUACCGUCUUCAAUCUUGCGACUCGUGCACGGCUAUCGGCUCUCUCUGUUCGAAUGCUGAGCAGCUAGUGUACUUCGACUGUAGCGACACGGACUGCGGGAUCCGUUCGAAUGCAGAUGGAGGCAUUCGCGGAGGAAGGAUGGGAGGAAGAGGUGCGUUGAGGUACCUCCUCAAUCCCAGUUUGAACGAUGAGAGACAGAGACUGGAGUGGGAAUUUACGCCGACGAGAGUGACACUGGGCGAGUGUGGGUCCGAGAAGGAACUUCCCAGCCUGCCGUCCCCUAGGUCGAGCAGCAUCGGCGGGAGCAGUGCUUACAGGCGGUCGUUAUGCGUUUCCCCCACGGCACUCGACACGAUAUUCGAGGAUGACGAAAUCGAUGACCCGUGCAAGAGUGAACUGCCCACUGAGCUCGAGACGCCAGUGGAAGACCCAACAUCGGGUCACCACACUGAACAACCGCCGCCGCUCGAACCAUCCGAGGAAAACAGCAACACGAAACCCAGUACACCAGUCGACACUAAGAUCCCCGGCUCACCACCCCCUAGUCCUCCGCACACUCCGAAGUCGCCUACUCCUCUCUCACCAGACCCUCGCCCACCAACACCGACCUCACCCCUCAUCCCCGAUUCACCGCGCAGCCCUUUUGCCCGCCCCAGCAUUGUUCCCUCCGUGCACCCACCCGGAUCGCCAUGUUCCUUCAUCUCUGACACCAGCGAUACCUCCACCUCGUCCGACGUCGCCGUGACAGGGCACGAGUCCCACGCGGGACAUUCGGCUUCCUCAUCCUCCCCGCCUUCCUCACCGCCAUCACCCUCUCCAUCUCCACCACAUGGAGGACCGGCGAGACAGGGGAAGCUCAGCCGCAGGAUGUCCGGUUACUCCGCCGAGAUGCUCGUGCCUCAGCCCUUUCACCCGCAUAAGAGCGUGGCUGAAGUGGAGGCGCAAAUUGAAGGGGCUACUCGACUCGGAGCGUUGAUCAAGGCAGUCGAGGAGUGGAAGCAGGCUGCGGUGAGAGUCAAGGCAGGGUUAGAGACAGGAGACGGAAACGAGGUCGAGAGGUUCAGGAUGGAGGCUCUGUGGCAAGAGAUCGAACGAUGUCGCGAGCGUGUCUAA